AACUGUAUUUUGCGACAUCAAGAUAAUUGUUUUAUUUUCAGUGAACUUUAGUUAAUAGAUUUGACAAACCCAGUGAUGAAGAUGUGAUAGUAACCAGCACCGGACAAAAUAAGAGAUCGACAAAAUGUGCAGCAAAGACCAGAUUAAUCAUAUACUCGGGAAGAUCAAUGUGGGCUUGCCGUCGUGGUCGCGCGGGCUGGAGGCCGCAGAAGCUGCCCGCGCGCGCCUCGUGCGCUGGGCGUGCGGCGAGGCGCCCGAGGAGCCCCCGCGCAAGAAGAUGCCUCACGCGCUGCGCAAGCGGUGGCCGCUGUGCCCGUGCCUGCAGAAUGACGAGCCUCCCGAGAUCACAUACUGCGUGGUGGGCGGCACGGGCGGGCUGGCGCUCCAGGCCGUCACACCCACCCAUCCCAUGCCGCCGCAAGAUGAGCUCGACGCCAAGUUCGCCGAGCUGGUGGAAGAGCUGGACCUGACAGCAGUGAACAAAGCGGCCAUGAUGGAGCUACCAGCCGCGAAGAAAUGGCAGAUCUACUGCAGCCGACGGCCGCCGCCGGGAGUGGUCAUGCCCAUGGGAACAGCACCACAAGUCGAAGAGUACAUCAAGGCGCUCAACGAGAUCGCUGACGCGUUCGCCUCAUCAGAAGGCCCAGUCGCCCCAGAAUCCUGCGCAUUGCUCGACGGCUUGAAGACAGCACUCCGCACCCGCGCCCACAGCUUCGUACUGCGCUUCGUGAAACAAGGCGGUCUCGGAGCCCUAUUAGAUGCCCUUCAGCGGGCGCCCCGGGACGAUGCCAUCAACAGGCAUAAUCUUAUUGCGGGUAUCAAGGCCCUUAUGAACAAUUCGACGGGCCGCGCACACGUACUCGCUCACCCGACGAGCAUAGAUCUGAUCGCUCAGUCCCUGGACACUGAGAACGUCAAGACCAAAGUCGCCGCGCUGGAGAUCCUCGGCGCCGUCUGCCUCGUGCCCGGCGGCCAUAAAAAGGUGCUAGAAGCAAUGGUCCACUACCAGAAGUACGCAGCGGAGCGCGCUCGCUUCCAGUCCAUCAUCAACGAACUAGACCGCAGUACGGGCGCCUACCGAGACGACCUCGGACUCAAGACUGCUAUUAUGUCCUUUGUCAACGCUGUAUUGAAUUAUGGAGCUGGUGAAGACAGCUUGGAGUUCCGACUGCACUUGAGAUAUGAGUUCUUGAUGCUGGGAAUACAGCCUGUUAUCGAGAAACUCCGCAAAUACGAAAAUGAAACACUCGACCGGCACAUCGACUUCUUCGAAAUGAUCCGCAACGAGGACGAGAAGGAACUCGCCAGGCGGUUCGACAAACAGCACGUCGAUACCAAGAGCGCGGGGACAAUGUUCGAGCUGCUGAGAAGGAAACUUAGUCAUACUGCUGCUUAUCCACAUCUGCUGUCUAUGCUUGAGCAUAUGCUGCUGUUGCCGUUGGAAUACAACCCUCACGCACAACACUGGCUUCUCCUCGACCGAGUGAUCCAACAAAUCGUCCUUCAGCAACCCAACGACGACCGCAGUGAUAUCAACAAGGUGUACGAUCCGGACGUAGCACCUCUCGAGAUCAACGUGACCGAGAUCGUCCAUCUCCUAGCCAAGGAAGAAGAACUAGUGGCCGCGAGAACCAAAGCCGAGAACUUGGAGAAGGAGAAUGUAGAUCUCGCCACGGAGUUGGCUAAAAAGGAGAAGCAAGUAGACCAGCAGAGCCAGGAGCGUGAGGAGCUGGAGCAGGUGGUGGCGCGGCUCAAGGAGAGGCUGGAGCGGGAGACGCACGCGCACAUGGAGAGCUCCGAGAGGGCCCGGCAUGCCGCCGCGAGGGCCACGCAACUCGAACAACAGUUGAACCAAGAAAGGUCGGAACGUGCGAGGUUUGAGAAACUAGUCAGCGAGGGCAGCAUACCCGACGAUGCGAAGGUCAGCAACCUCAAGAGCGCCGUCAUCGAAACCUGCAGCGUCCCGCCCCCACCGCCCCCUCCCUCCCUCUGCCCCCCUCCACCGGCCCCCACGCCCCCUUCAGCCCCCAUCCCCCCCGCCCCACUAGCCCCCAUCCCCCCAAUGGCCCCCAAGCCUAAGAAGAACGUCCCCACCCCCGGGAACCCUCUGAAGAGCUUCAACUGGAGCAAACUGCCAGACACAAAACUCCAUGGAACUAUCUGGCAGGAACUGGACGAUACUAAGCUAUAUAAUGCUAUGGAUUUAAACACUAUUGAUAAGAUGUUCUGCGCUUACCAGAAGAACGGAGUGCAGAAUGAGGGUUCAGUGGAAGACCUGAGACAGCUAGGUUCCAAGCCGCGCACAAAGAUCCUGACAGUGAUCGACGGCCGCCGCGCACAGAACUGCACCAUCCUGCUGUCCAAACUGAAGAUGUCCGACGAGGAGAUAUGCCGUGUCAAAUUGAAGCCGGGCACGAAGAUCCUGACAGUGAUCGACGGCCGCCGCGCACAGAACUGCACCAUCCUGCUGUCCAAACUGAAGAUGUCCGACGAGGAGAUAUGCCGGUAA